AUGGAUCGGGUCAACUUCCGGGCCAAAGUCCUAACCGGGCAUCUCAAGAACCACCAUAACUCGACCAUCGAUCUCCUCCACACCGCCCAAUGCGUCAACUACUCCCCACCAGAACUCUGUGAACCGCCGUCUGCUUUCAACACGAAAGCACUCCGUAAGCUCCUAGAUGGAGAGAGCAUGGAUGAAAUCGACUAUAUCUUUAAUCUGAUGAUACAAAGUGACUUGUUUUGCCCAAGAGAAAGGGGCGGUAAAGUGUUUAUAUCUCCGGAUUUUAACAAGUCAAUGGAGCACCAGAGAGAAAUGACGAUGAAGAGAAUCAAUUACCUUAGAGAACAAGGAGCGUUCGAUGGGUGGCUGACUCGAAAGGGGCCUGAUGCCGAGCGUUCUGGAUUUACUCGUGGUAUCACUUUUGGUGUGUAUGAUCACUCUCUAGGGAUCAAACUUGGUGUCCAUUUCUUUCUAUGGGGUGGUGCAAUUCAGUUCAUGGGCACGAAGCGCCAUCAGGAUAAGUGGUUGAAGCCAACCGAAACUUAUGAAGUCAUAGGUUGCUUUGCAAUGACAGAGUUAGGACAUGGUAGUAAUGUCAGAGGCAUUGAAACAAUCACAAGAUAUGAUGCAAGCACUCAGGAAUUCAUCAUCACCACUCCUUGUGAAUCUGCUCAGAAGUAUUGGAUCGGAGGUGCAGCCAAUCAUGCUACCCAUGCAGUCGUUUUCUCGCAGCUCAAAAUCAAUGGUGUGAAUCAAGGAGUGCAUGCUUUCAUAGCCCAAAUCAGGGACGCAAAUGGAAAUAUAUGUCCAAAUGUUCGUAUUGCUGAUUGUGGUCAUAAAAUCGGCUUGAAUGGUGUUGAUAAUGGUCGAAUAUGGUUCGACAACUUACGAAUUCCUAGAGAGAAUUUGUUGAAUUCGGUUGCUGAUGUUUCCCCUGAUGGACAAUAUUCGAGUGCAAUAAAAGAUCCAGAUCAGAGAUUUGCAGCGUUUUUAGCUCCGUUAUUAUCCGGGCGUGUGACUAUUGCAGCAGGAUCAAUGAACAUAACUAAGAUUGGUUUAGCAAUUGCAGUACGGUACUCUUUAUCAAGGAGAGCCUUUUCUAUACGACCAAAUGAACCCGAGGUUCUCUUGCUUGAUUAUCCUAGUCAUCAAAGGCGUCUCUUGCCUCUUGUAGCGAAAACAUACGCUUUGAGUUUUGCUUCUGAAUAUCUGAAGAACAUAUACGUGAACAGAACACGCCAAUCAAUUAAAACCGUUCAUGUCGUUUCUAGUGCACUUAAGGCUACUUCAACCUGGCACGGCAUGAGAACCCUUCAGGAAUGUCGAGAAGCUUGUGGCGGGCAAGGUUUAAAGACUGAAAACCAUGUCGGUCAUUUGAAAAGUGAGUUUGACGUGCAACUUACUUUUGAAGGCGAUAAUUAUGUUCUAAUGCAACAGAUUAGCAAGGCACUACUCAAGGAGAUUUUGGCAGCCAAGAGAAGAAACAAACCAGUGAAAGGUUUGGGCCUUGAACACUUGAACAAACCCGCUCCCAUUAUCCCUUCUCACCUCACAAGCUCCGCUCUUCGGACAGCUCAGUUCCAGACCGACAUCUUCUGCCUACGGGAGAGAGAUUUGUUGCAUCGUUUUGAGACCGAAGUCUCACAACGCGAGGCUAGGGGAGAAAGCAUGGAACAUAUAUUUACAGUGACCUAUCAGAUCGCUGAGGAUUUGGGCAGAGCCUUCUCAGAUCGGUUAGUUCUACAAACAUUUCUUGACGUUGAAGCAACGGUUCCAGCUGGCUCGUUAAAGGAUGUAUUAGGUCUACUAAGAUCAAUGUACACGACAAUUGUGAUGGAAGAAGAUGCAUCGUUUCUUCGAUAUGGCUACUUAUCAACAGACAAUGCAGCUGUGGUUAGAAAAGAGGUUUUGAAACUGUGCAGUGAGGUAAGACCACAUGCACUUGCUUUGGUCACUUCUUUUGGAAUCCCGGAUGCUCUUUUGGGGCCAAUAGCUUUCAACUGGAUCGAUGCCAAUGCAUGGUCUUCGGUUAAAGACAAUGACACAAUUAAAGACAAUGACACGGUGUUCUCAUUUUUUUCAAAUAUGUUGUAA